GGUGAGAGUGCAUUGCCGAGUGUUGUGCAACGGCGGGUCCGAGCAGCGUGGGCCGCUUAUAGAGAAAAUAAAGCUGAAUCAUGAUUUAAAAUGAAUGUGAGUUUGAGAUUGGAUGAAGUGAUGGGAAGACAGAUGAGUAUCUUCAAUACAAGACCAUAUAGCAUCACUGCUGGAUUCCAGAAACUGGUUAUAUGAACUGGCUGACAGGUGUCCCGAGAUGGCCGGCCGCAGUCUGCCAAACAUCCUCGUCACAGGAACGCCGGGCGUGGGCAAGUCGACCACGUGCCAGCAGCUGGCGGACGCCUCAGGGCUUAACUGGCUCAACGUCGGCGACAUCGCUGAGCAGAACGACUGUCUGGACGAGUUCGACGAGCGGUACGGGUGCCGCAUCCUCAACGAAGACAAGGUGCUGGACGAGCUAGAGCCGCGCGUGGCCGGUGGCGGCGCCAUUGUCGAGUACCACGGCUGCGACUUCUUCCCGGAGCGCUGGUUCGACAUCGUGUUCGUCCUGCGCACCGACAACAAGCUCCUGUACGACCGGCUGGCUAAACGCGGCUACUCGGGCAAGAAACUGGAAGACAACGUGCAGUGCGAAAUCUUCCAGACGCUGCUGGACGAGGCGCGCGACUCCUACCCGGCUGACAUCGUGCAUGAGCUGAGCAGCAACACCCCUGACCAGGUGGAGGAGAACGUGGAGCGCAUCUGCCAGUGGAUUGCCGCGUGGAAGGCGGACCGCGGCCUGGCGCCGGCGCCAGCGUAGCGCCGCCGACGGCGCGGGCGACCCGACCGGCCACCGUGCGACCGCCGCUGUUGUGCUCCUGUGUGGGUCCGGACGAGGGCAGUGGAGACUGUUGUGUGGGUUCGGACGGGGACAGCGGAAACCGCUGUACUGCUGUGUGGGUCUGGACGAGGGCAGGUGAGGCGCCGAUCCGUCCGGUAGCACGCGGGGUGUCGCGAGAGGCUUCACGGGACACCGUGGAACACUUCACGGGACCGCCUGUGUGCACGGGUGACGGUCGUUUGUCUUUCGGCAACUGAGGUGUGAGGGAGGAAGAUGUGUGCGUCGCAACCAGAGGCUGGCUUUGUUGACUUGCCUGCGCAGUGUUGAAGGGGUCUUAAGUAUCCGACUUCACACAAUGUUGCGAUUGUUGUGACUUUGGAAGACCACACCGUGGUGGUGUACUUUUGUUUAUCGUGUGCUGGUUUCAUUUUUUUUUUUUGAUCGGUCUGGUGUUGCGCAAUCAACUUUGCCAUGACCUUGGUUUUUCUGUCGUCGGGCGCAUUGUUAGCUUUAUUUUUUACAAAAGGCAAGGUAUAAAGCUGACGGUUGAUAUUGUAAGAGCGCAAUUUCCCCCGGCUGGGUGGGAUGAAAAUAUACCUAUUUUUGCGCU